GGGAUAUUGUGUAACUUGCUGAGGGCAGCAAUCCAGAUGUGCAUUCGACGCAAGAGACAAGGGCAGACUUGUUUCUCUUGAGAAGUGAAUGCCUCAGUUUCACACACCAGGUGUAAUACAGGAGGUUUCAAUUUCUCGAUUCUGGAGAGGAAAAACACUUAAGAGCUCAUCCAGCCAGCCACUGAGACGGGCACCCACAAGCAUGGACACUGAAGACAGCAUCACAGAGCAGGUCUGCCAGGAGUCAGACGUCCAGGAUGGCGAGCUGCAGGAAGUGGAGGUUGCAGGCCACAAGGUGUUGCUGAUGAGGAAUAAGAUGGAGUUCAGUGCUGUGGGGAGCAAGUGCACACAUGCAGGAGCCUCUCUCAGCAAAGGAGUCUUGGCGGGUAACAGACUGCGCUGUCCCUGGCAUGGUGCCUGCUUCAAUAUCAGAACUGGAGACAUUGAGGAGUACCCAACUCUGGACUGUCUUCCCUGCUUUAAGGUGCGAGUGGAAGAUGGGAAGGUAUUUAUUACUGCAAAAAAAAAGGACCUUGAAAGUGACCGAAGGCUGAAGGCCAUGAGUGAGCGAUGCAGGAGCAACAAGAACACAAUGCUGCUCCUGGGUGGAGGUACAGCUGCACUGGUCUGUGCAGAAACACUUCGUCAGGAAGGCUUUACAGGCAGGAUCAUCAUGGUAACCAAAGAAAAGCAUGUCCCAUAUGACAGGACCCAACUAAGCAAGGCAAUGGAUAAGACACUAGAGAACAUUUACCUGCGGCAGCAGGACUUCUUUGAGGCUCAUGGCAUAGAAGUUUGGACUGAAAAAGAGGUGGUGUCCGUGGACACACAGGGGCAGAAAGCCUACUUCCAGGAUGGGGCCUUCCAGAGGUACGACCAGCUCCUCAUUGCUACAGGCAGCAGCCCCAGGCAACUCCAGUGCCCCGGCUCAGACCUGGAGAACGUGUCUUCCCUCCAAACCCCAGAGGAUGCUAACAGGAUUCUCCACCUAGCCACUGGCAAGAGGGUGGUGAUUCUAGGCGCGUCAUUCAUUGGGAUGGAGGUGGCUGCCUUCCUUUCAGACAAAGCCAGCACCAUCUGCAUGGUGGAAAGAGAGGAGUUCCCCUUCCAGGCAGUGCUGGCUCAGGUCGGACGCGUUGCCAUGAAGAUGCUGCAGAAUAAAAGAGUGAAAUUCUAUAUGAAGGCUGAAAUCUCUGAGCUGCGAGGAGAGAACAGAAAGGUUACAGAGGCUGUUUUGGCCAAUGGAGAGAAGCUACCUGCAGAUGCUGUGGUGGUGAGAAUAGGUGUCGCCUCCAACUCAGAUUUCCUGAAGGACACUUCAAUUGCUCUGGACCGUAGAGGCGCCAUCCUGGUGGAUUUGUUCAUGCAAACCAACAUCCCAAGAAUCUUUGAUGCUGGGGAUAUGGCUUCAUUUCCAGUCACACUGUUUGGUGGGACGACCGCCACCAUCCGUCACUGGCAGACAGCACAGGCUCACGGCCACAUUGCUGCUUUAAACAUGCUGAAGAAGCAGAAGGCAUUGCACACAUUUCCUUUCUUUUGGACCUCACUGCUUGGAAAAAGCAUCCGCUAUGCAGGCUAUGGGAAAGGAUACACAGAUACUGUUGUGAAAGGAAAUCUGGAGCAGCUGAAGUUCUUGGUCUUUUACCUCAAGGAUGAUUAUGUGAUUGCAGUAGCCAGCCUGAACUUUGACCCCAUGGUCUCCCUGGUAGCUGAGGUCAUGUACUCUGGCAGACAAAUCUCAAAAGCAGAGGCCCAGUCCUCUGAUAUAACCUGGAUGAAGCAAACCUAAUGUGAGACUGGUCUAGGGGCUCAGUAACACCACCGCAGGCAUCAUUUCCCAAACCCCGUCCUCCCACUUAGGAGAAAUAAAAGCCAGCAUGAAAUAGA